AGUCAAGUUUUCAAAAUACAAUUGUUAAAUAUUAACGGUUUUCUGACACUUUAGUCGUCGCAAUAGCGUUACUAACUUCACCCUCAUAAAUUGUAUACGUAGGAACUUUAGUCUUAAUUUCUUUGGUAUAUACUUAUAAUACUUACAAAGGGUGUGAGUUUUGGAUUUUCGGAAGAUGAGCUGCGCCGAGCUGACGUUCAUGAAGAAUUUUGGGUACUUACCCAAGGGAAUGUCUGGAGCGCAAGCACAGUAUAGCCAAGAUUCGAUGGUCAACGCAUUAAAGACUGUUCAGAAGUUCGGCAACAUAACUCAAACGGGAGUGUUCGAUAAUAACACACUCCAGUUGAUGAAAUCACCACGAUGCGGUGUUCCUGAUGUUGAUAGAAACGUGAACACUCGAAGGAAGCGAUACGUCAUCGCAUCUAAAGGAUGGGGAAAACGAAACAUCACCUAUUACAUAGCAAACUGGAGUCCGAAGUUAAGUGAAGAGGCUGUCAGUGACGAAAUCGCAAGAGCUUUUGCUGCUUGGAGUGGAUAUUCGCGUUUGAAUUUUAAACAAAUCAACGAUCCGAGUGCAGAUAUAAUAGUGGCGUUUGGAAGAGGCGAACACGGAGAUGGGUAUGCCUUUGACGGUCCUGGAAUAGUCCUGGCCCAUGCCUUCUUCCCCAACCCGGCGGGGUCUUACGCGGGAGAUCUUCAUUUUGAUGACGACGAACAGUGGAGAAUAAGGCCUACGGAAUCAGAAGACGGAACUGACUUUUACAGUGUUGCCGUUCAUGAAAUUGGUCACAGUUUGGGCCUCGAUCACUCGCCUGUACCUACCUCUGUCAUGUAUGCCUACUACAGGGGAUCGACCCCAGACAUGCAGCUCGACUAUGAUGAUAUUUUGGGAUUGUAUCAGCUGUACAUUUCUCAACAUGUGGAAGAUGAUGAUUUUGCAGCAAAUGAGCCAAUUACCACUACCACGGAGCGCGUCACGACAGAGAAAGAUGCCGAGGUAAACUUUGUCACAGAAGUACCCUCUCGGGAAACUACAACAGAACGGAGUUAUCAAGUAACGUACAUAGGGGAUUACGAAACAGUUGAAGAUCAUCUCCAGCAUCAAUCUGAAGAUUACGACGAAGUCGAGACAUAUCCUACAUCGACCAUUCCCGAUAUCUGUGAUGGCAAUUUUGACGCCAUAUCAGUUUUUAGAACAGAACUUUUUGUUUUCAAAGGAGAGUAUCUUUGGCGACUGAGCAAGCGAGGGAUAAUUCAAAAUGGUUAUCCGGUCAAGUUCCAUGAGUUAUUUUGGCAACUGCCAGAUUAUGUUAAAAAAAUUGAUGCUGCUUACCAAAGAGAAGACGAUGCUAGCAUUAUUCUUUUCAGUGGGAAACAAUACUGGGUCUAUGAUGGAUACUCUUUUAUUGAAAACAGUCCCAGACCACUAACGGAUUAUGGUAUCGAUGAAGGUGUUGAUGCGAUAGACGCUGUGCAAGUUUGGGAGAAAAACAAAAAAGUCUACCUGUACAGGGGUGAGAAAUUCUGGAGAUUUAAUGCAACAUCCCGCAUGUUGGAUCCUGGAUAUCCUCACAACAUAAGAAGGUGGCGUGGAAUUCCAUCUCACAUCGAUGCUGCAAUGACAUGGAUCGACGGCAAGACUUACUUCUUCAAGGACAAAUUGUUUUGGAAAUUCGAUAACCUUCUAAUCAAGACUGACAAUCGCUACCCUCUUCCGGCUCCCCAAUACUGGAUGGGCUGUCCAGAGAGACCUGAUACUAUUUGGUGGUAAAUAAAUAAUAAUGAGGAAAAAAAACGUGAGCUCUGGGAGCAUGGUGAGAAGGUCGAAAUUUGUCACCAAUGGCCUUGUUGGCGUGAAGGUCAAUUUCUGACACAGGCCGCAACAACGAAACAAAAAAAAAAAAGGAAAUAAAGUGCCGUCAAUGA